AUGGUUGGUUCCUGCUUCAACAAUGCAGCUGGUGGGAACAUGCAUUACCCUCCAGAAACAGCCAGCAUUAUGCUGAUGGCUAGGAUGGUUGCCAUAGUGAAACAGGCUAAAGACAAGGGCCGCUGGGUGAAGCUUUUCUCUCAGUUCUGCAGCCGAACAGCCAAUGAAGAGGAGGAGAUAGUUCACAAACUGAUCGGAGACAAAUUCCAGGGUCAAUUGGAAACACUACGGCAGCUCUUCACUACAGCUCUCUAUGAGGACAUCCUUGCCCGGUGGUUCACUCCUGAGGGAUUCCGCUCUCUCUUCGCAUUGGUUGGAACCAAUGGGCAAGGCAUCGGGACCAGCUCCUUGAGUCAGUGGGUCCAUGGCUGUGAUGCACUCCAGCUUCCUGUACAGAUGAGAGAAGAGCUGGAUGCUUUCAUAGACCAGCUGUACAAAGACAUUGAGAAAGAGAGUGGGGAAUUCCUGAACUGCGAGGGAUCCGGCCUCUACGUGCUACAAAGCUGCUGUAAUCAUAGCUGUGACCCCAACGCUGAAACGUCCUUCCCGGAGAACAACUUCCUCCUCCACUUGACUGCGCUCCAAGACAUUAAAGCAGGAGAGGAGGUGUGCAUCACAUACCUGGACUGUUGUCAGCGAGAUCGGAGCAGGCACACACGACACAGGAUCCUCCGGGAGAAUUAUCUGUUCACCUGCUCCUGUCCCAAAUGUGUGGCUCAGGCCGGUGACCCUGACCUGACCUCAGAUGAAGAAGAGGAGAUUGAAGCUGACGCCGAGAGUGCUGAGCUCGAAGAUGAGAUGACUGAUGUGUAAGGCAGUGGCUGGACAAAGGAUUCAAAGGAUAUCUAUAUCCAAAGGAAGGGGGCUGAUCCAGAGGCCUUUUUUCACCAAUGCAAUAACCACAACUAGACACCACUAUUUCUCUCUCUUUCUCUCUCUCUCUCUCUCACACACACAUGAACAAAUCUCUGUGCAAAGCACUGGGCAGGCUGGUUCCUCAAUCACACCAGUUGCUUUAUGUGAGUAAGGAAGAUUGUUGUUUUGUGGAGGGGAUUGUUGUUCGAGUGUGUGAUCUCCUGCUCCCCACAAAUACUCCCCUCCCUUUACCUUCACCUUCAUUGGAAUUAUCACCUUCUGCCUAUCCUCUUGCCCCCUCUGCCUGGGUGGGGGGAGAUGAAUCAGAAUCUGUGCUAUAGACACCCUCUCUGGCAGCCCUGUACUGUACGGUGAAGGACCAGGGUGUAGCCUGGUGGCGAAGAGGAGGGGAGGGUUUGUGUGGAGCAGGCAGGGGACUGAGUUUGAGUCUCAAUCGCUGUUGAGUGACCCCUCUUGCCAAGUGACUAGAUCGAGCCAGAAGCAUUGGAUUUCUCCUAAUGCGGCCUCCCCUCCCCCAGUUGGAUAGCCCUCCAUCAAGACCCUAUCUUGGUGGAAGUUUGAGAUUACAAAGAGAUGGUCAGCAAGUCCUGGAGCCCGUUCCCCACCUCAAUGAAGGUGAAAAAAAGGGUUCAAGAUGAAGAGUUCACAGGCCAGGUUAUAGUUGUAUUAAAUUCUGGUAUAACAUGAGCUCACUCUCUCUCCUGCUGCUAGUGAAUUAGUUUAAAUGGUUCAAAAGUCCAUUGGGUCCUCGUUCAGCUGGUUACAGUGUUGUGUGUGUGAAUGUGAGUUCUGAUGUUUGGCUGCAUUUUGUUGCUGUUUAGUUUGUGUGUGUGUGCCUUAGGACACACUGUCUGUGUGUGUGGAUGGGUUCCUGUCUCAGGCUGUGUGUGUGUGUGUGUGUGUGGAUCUCUUGCUGUGGGAUGUUUGUUAGUGUGUCUGAUCUGCUAUCUGCCUUAGGGAUGAGGUAGCAGUCUCUAGUGCCUGGGUCUUUUCUAGCUCCCGACGUGAGUAAGUGACUGCUGCCAAGAGGGGUCUGCCAAUCCAUCUGUGGGCCUGCAGUGACCCAGGGUCAUGAUAUAUUUGUAUUCAUAGCCUCUCUGUCUCUGUCUCUGUCCUGCUUGCACAGUGACAGGAUGCUGUGGAAUCAGACACUGCAUGAGAAAGGGGACAGUUCAUUGACCCGAUUGCUUUAUGUGGAUCAUUGCAGCACAACAAAAGGCAACUGUUUGGCCCAUCCAGUCCUUACUACUGUUCAUGCAUCUCACCAGCCUUUUCCCAAUUCUCUGUCUCGCCUCAUUAGUGAAUCCCUGAGUUGCAUCAUUAGCCUGUGCCUGGGAGGGCAGGUGUGAACAAGAAACUGUUCGGUUUCACAUUAUAUGUACAGCAUUGGGGCAGGGGAGAGCAGGCAAUAGCUCUCGUUGCUUUCAGUAACCCUGGAAUGUGGUUGGAGGGGGGUAGUGCAGCUCAGAGUCUGCUGACGGGGGUGAGAGAUGUUUGGCUGUACAUACCCUGAUCACAUUCUUAUUGUUCCUUUUGAAGAGGGUGGCUGUGUGGAGAGGGUGUGGAUAAGGAACAUAAUCAGAAAGGCCGCCAGUGAUCUAAGGUGGGAAGGGGUGGGGGGGUCACUGAAUUGUGCUAAAGGUGGUGUACCUCUGGUCCCAGUCUGAGCUUUGUGAAGUUGUUGGGGGGCAGGGGUGGGUAAAGAGAUGAUCUUGAUGAAAUUUUGCAUAUAAUCUAGGAAGAUUCUAUAUAAAUACUUAGCUUUAGGAUAGGUUGUAAGUUGGACCAGUCAGACUCCACUUGGGUCAGCAACAUUGCGGCUGCCCAUUCGAUUCUCACAGUGCUGAGGCAUGACCAAUCUGCAUGUACUCAAUAAAAUGACAGAAAACAGUGAA